UGCGGACCCGCGGCGCAUCCCCGAUGUAAUCCUUCUGAGCCUAGGACCCAGCGGCUGCCGGGCAGCCCUGGCCCCGCCUCUCGGCGCAUCAGCGCCCGCGGAUUGGCAGCGCGGCUCCGCCUCCGCCAUGGCUGCCGCCCGCCGCCGGGGCUACUAAGUAGCUGUAGAGGUACUGUUCUCCGCUGCGGCUCCCCGGCCGCCCUGUCCGCGGGAGGGUGGCGCAUGGGUCUCCUCCGAGGCGCGCCCCCAUGCGCUCGGGCCAUGGCGCGUCUGGGCGCUGUGCGCUCCCACUACUGCGCGCUGCUGCUGGCCGCGGCGCUUGCCGUCUGUGCCUUCUACUACCUCGGCUCCGGCCGGGAGACCUUCUCCAGCGCCACCAAGAGGCUGAAGGAGGCCCGCGCCGGAGCCCCCGCCGCGCCCUCGCCGCUGGUGCCGGAGCUGGCGCAGGGCUCCGUGGCGCCGGCCCCGGGUGCUAAGGCCAAGAGCCUGGAGGGCGGCGGGGCCGGGCCGGUGGACUAUCACCUGCUGAUGAUGUUCACCAAGGCGGAACAGAAUGCCGCGCUGCAGGCCAAGGCCCGCGUCGCGAUCCGCUCCCUGUUGCGCCUCGCUAAGUUCGAGGCGCACGAGGUGCUUAACCUGCACUUCGUGAGCGAGGAGACCAGCCGCGAGGUGGCCAAGGCCCUGCUGCGGGAGCUGCUACCGCCCGCUGCCGGCUUCAAGUGCAAGGUUGUCUUCCAUGACGUCGGUGUGCUGACGGACAGGCUCUUCCCCGUCGUGGAGGCCAUGCAGAAGCACUUCAGUGCCGGCUCCGGGACCUACUACAGCGACUCCAUCUUCUUCCUUUCAGUGGCCAUGCAUCAGAUCAUGCCCAAAGAGAUCCUGCGGAUAAUUCAGCUGGACCUAGACCUAAAGUACAAGACCAACAUCCGGGAAUUGUUUGAGGAGUUUGAUAACUUCCUGCCCGGCGCCAUCAUUGGCAUAGCAAGGGAGAUGCAGCCAGUAUACAGGCACACAUUCUGGCAGUUCCGUCAUGAGAACCCCAAGACCCGGGUCGGGGGCCCUCCCCCUGAGGGGCUCCCCGGCUUCAACAGCGGGGUGAUGCUGCUCAACCUGGAGGCCAUGCGCCAGUCCCCACUGUACGGCCGCCUGCUGGAGCCAGCACAGGUGCAGCAGCUGGCCGACAAGUACCACUUCCGGGGUCACCUCGGGGACCAGGACUUCUUCACCAUGAUUGGCAUGGAGCACCCUGAGCUCUUCCACGUGCUGGACUGUACCUGGAACCGGCAGCUUUGCACCUGGUGGAGGGACCAUGGCUACAGCGACGUCUUCGAUGCCUACUUCCGGUGUGAGGGCCACGUCAGGAUCUACCAUGGGAACUGCAACACCCCUAUCCCAGAGGCCUAGGCACCUCCUCACCCGAUCUGGGGAAGGAGAGGGGCGCCUCUCGGACAGGCCUGGGGCAGUGUCUGAACUCCUAGAGAGACACGGCAAGGACGUCCUUGUGAUCAGGUGCUGCAGCUCUCCCAGCACACAUCGCUGUCCUGAAGCCAUCCCAUGACGACUGGACCCUUUGCCCCCACUGGUGCUCUGGACCCUCUGCCUCCAAGGACCAGGCGUCAUGAAGGACAAACACAUAGACCUCUUCCGGUGGGCUAGGAAGCGAGCAUUUGAAAAGAAGGAAGAAAAACAAAACGGUGCCUCUUGCCUUCAGCCCCCAAAGAAUGGAAAUCCUUUUAAGAACUGGGCUUUCUUAGACCAAAUAUAAACUUAUUUUACAUCGACAGGCGAGACAGAGCAAACAGUACUGCUGUAGCUCCCAGUGAGCUCUAAAUGCAUGAGCCAGGGUUUUAACAACCAGCCCAGAGUUUAAGCAUCCAAAGGAAUGCUGGCCUUCCACACGCACAUCCUAGGAGGCCGUGUGGUUAGUCUCACGAUGCUCGUGGCGCCUGGUGGAGAUGUAAAGAUCCCACCUCUUUGGGGAGGGCCCUCAACAGCACCUGUGGCCCACGUAAGAAAACUGGUCUCAUUAUUUUAACCUUCACAGCAUUUACCUCCCAACUGCAUCACAGAACCUCAUUAUCCCUUAUUCAUCUGAUCCAGCUCCAGGUGACCAGACUCUGCUCUGAAAUCAAAUCUGCCAUCAAAGAGACUGGCCACCCGCAAGGACAGGUGAUGGAAUUGUCUGGAUUGGGAAGACUCAUUCCAAAGAGGAGCCCAGCAGUGCCCUAGUGUAACCGUGCAGCUUGGAAGGGGUGUCGCUCUUAGACUUAUAAGCAUUCUAGUCUCUUUAUUUGGAAGAAUCAUCUGUGUGACUUUAUCGCACCAGGUCAGACCCUAUACCUUACAAGAAAUUAGGCUGUCAUUACUUGAUUUCUGCUUUAAUGAGUUCUCCUGUAAGUGAGCUACAAAUACGAAGCCUCUAUUGGUCCAUUUUGUAUAAUCCACCUGGGGUCCUCGGGAAAGAAGUGUUGUUGGAUUUUCAUCUUAUUUUAAUUCAAUUUCAUUUAUUUUAUUUUUUUCCACCGUGAGUGAGAAUAGCUAAUAAAUAAUCUUUGAGAACACAA